UAUAAAAUCCAACCCAUGCUAGCCUCCUCCUCCACCAAAUAACGAUUUUGCUCUUGCGAAAAUCAAACACGUAUAUUCAUAUACAUUUAUAUAUAUAUAUAUACACAUACACAGAUACAUACGUAACAGCACUCAAAGGAACAGAUAUGGUGGGUAACUCUAACAGAGUUGAAGAUUUCUCCUGCCAUGAGAACACCACUACCAACGCCACCGCCAACGCGAAUGAAACUGCUAUUAAGGUUUCGAUAGAUGUGGCAAUGCCGCCGCCGCCAUUGGAGGUACACCGUGUUUGUUUGCCGCCAAAGAAGACCACUCUGCAAAAACUGAAGCACAGACUAUCGGAGAUCUUUUUCCCCGAUGAUCCUCUCUACAGAUUCAAAAACCAGACACCGGGUAGAAAAUUCCUUCUCGCUCUGCAAUUCCUAUUCCCUAUCUUUCAAUGGGCUCCUGAGUAUAAUCUGAAGCUCUUUCGGUCCGAUAUCGUCUCUGGACUCACCAUUGCUAGCCUUGCGAUUCCUCAGGGAAUCAGUUAUGCAAAACUUGCAAAUUUGCCACCCAUAAUUGGACUCUAUUCAAGCUUUGUGCCCCCACUGGUUUACUCUGUUCUUGGUAGUUCUAGACAUCUUGGUGUUGGUCCAGUUUCUAUAGCUUCCCUGGUGAUGGGAUCAAUGUUAAGUGAAAGUGUGUCUUAUACUGAAGAUCCAAUUCUCUACCUCAAAUUGGCUUUCACUGCUACUUUCUUUGCUGGUCUCUUCCAGGCAUCUUUGGGUAUCCUUAGGUUGGGAUUUGUGAUAGACUUUAUGUCGAAAGCAACUCUACUUGGUUUCAUGGCUGGUGCUGCUGUAAUUGUCUCAUUACAACAAUUGAAGGGGCUGCUUGGAAUUGUCCACUUCACUGGCAAGAUGCAAUUUGUCCCUGUCAUGACCUCUGUUUUCAACCACACAAACGAAUGGUCUUGGCAAACUAUUGUGAUGGGAUUCAGUUUCCUUGUCUUCCUGUUGACAGCAAGACAUAUUAGCAUGAGGAAACCAAAGCUUUUCUGGGUAUCAGCUGCUGCGCCGUUAACAUCUGUCAUUCUCUCAACUCUUUUAGUCUUCUGCAUUAAAUCAAAGGCACAUGGAAUAUCAUUUAUUGGCCAUUUGCCAAAGGGGUUGAAUCCACCAUCAGCAAACAUGCUUUACUUCAGUGCUUCUCAUCUUGCACUCGCCAUCAAGACUGGCAUUAUUACUGGGAUCUUAGCGCUUACUGAAGGAGUUGCAGUGGGAAGGACAUUUGCUGCCCUCAAAAACUACCAAGUUGAUGGCAACAAAGAGAUGAUGGCUAUUGGCCUAAUGAACAUGGCUGGUUCAUGCACCUCAUGCUAUGUUACAACAGGAUCAUUCUCGCGAUCUGCUGUGAACUACAACGCUGGAGCGCAAACUGCAGUGUCUAACAUUGUAAUGGCUGCAGCUGUGCUUGUUACCCUGCUGUUCCUGAUGCCACUCUUUUACUACACCCCAAAUGUUAUUUUAGGAGCCAUCAUUAUAACAGCAGUGAUUGGGCUAAUUGAUUACCAGGGUGCAUAUAGAUUGUGGAAAGUUGACAAGCUUGAUUUUGUUGCUUGUUUAUGUUCUUUCUUUGGAGUUCUCUUCAUUUCUGUGCCCCUGGGUCUCGCUAUUGCGGUUUGCAUUUCGAUAUUCAAGAUUCUCUUGCACGUAACAAGGCCAAACACAGUUGUGUUGGGGAACAUUCCAGGGACUGGAAUAUACCAAAGCCUUAGCCGAUACACAGAAACUUUAAGAGUUCCUUCAUUUCUCAUACUGGCUAUUGAAUCUCCCAUCUACUUUGCAAAUUCCACUUACUUACAAGAGAGGAUAUUAAGAUGGAUUAGAGAGGAGGAAGAAUGGAUAAGCGCCGCUAAUGGAAGCUUAUUGAAAUGUGUAAUUCUUGACAUGACUGCUGUGACAGCCAUAGACACAAGCGGCAUUGAAACAGUGGGAGAGCUCCGGAAGAUGAUGGCCAAAAGAUCAAUUGAGCUCGUUCUAGCAAACCCCGUUGCAAGUGUGAUGGAAAAGCUGCACCAAUCGAAAACUCUGGAGUCCUUCGGCCUAAGCAGCCUCUACCUCACGGUAGCUGAAGCCGUGGAGGAUAUAUCUUCGACGUGGAAGGCUCAGCCAUGAGUGUAAUACUUGCAGGCCUCGGUAACCUGAUAGGGAGAGUGUUCUGUUAAGGUUUUGUUUCUUUUAGAGGGAUCUUUUUCUUGUAAGAUAUGUAUGAGGAAACCUGAAAGAUUUUGCUUUUAGUUCAAAUGUAAAAUCAAAGUUUUCUUAACCCAUGCCAGCUGCCUCAUUCUGUAGUUGCAGUUACAUGUUACAAGGCUAAAUCAUUAUGUACUUAAUAAAUCAACUUCUAACAUCA